UUGUCUGAGUACUACAAGCUACAGAUGAUAAUUUUGGGGUAAUUCAGUGAGGUGUAUUUAGGAUUUGCAUGCAUUGAUUUGAAUUGCAUUGAUGUUUGUUAAAAUGUACGGUACGUGCAUAGUGUAUAUUUUACCCUAAAAAAUCAAUUAUGAAUUGUAUGAAAUUUAUAGGGCCUACAUGUAUGCAUCAACUCCAUGCAAUAUAAUGUCCAUUUAGAAAAUGCCCCCUUUGAGAAUUUUGGAAGUUAUUUUUAAUUUAACCGCAAAAUGACAAACCUAGUGUACAAUUUAUUUUUAUUACACACACUUGAGAUAUUUAUGAAAAGCACAUGUUUCAGGUUCCUUAAUUUGAAAUGGGGAAAUCUAGGUCAUGAUGUUAUAAAUGAUGAAAAAAGAAAUAAAACCCUCAGAUAAUCUUUCAUGCUUCACCAGGCCCAGUGCAAAACAACUGUCUGUGGAAUGCACAUAAUUGAAGUCUCCCUGAAUUUACAUGUAAUAGUCUCUGCCUGUAUUUCCAGACAAUAAAAUGAUCACCAGUCAGGUGAUAGUUCUUGCUCUAGUUGUGUGAUUUACAUGUAUGAGCUAAAAAUAAUCACCAAAGUCCUUGUAGAUUUUACUCUGAGCUUUACUGUUAUAAUAGCUCCAUGGUUAUACAUGUAGCAAGGUAGUGAGGAAAUCAGCAGAAUCUUGUGGUUUCAAUCCCUGGUUGGAAGCGACAUUUAAUGCAGUGCUCUGCUUUUAACUUGUGUGAAGAUCUGCGAGUGUGAACAUACUGCAUUUGAACCAGUGUUACAGAAUGGCAGAUGGUGGAAUUGACAUUGAAGGUGCACGGAAGGAGCGUUCAGACUCAAUCUCUUCAGACGUUUCGUCAGACGAUGAUUCAGCGUGGUCAACCUGCUCUGAGCACAGCCUUCAGUUUUGUGGAAAAGGAGGUUUAAUAGAAGUUCCUCCCAUUCCAGAUUUUGGAAGUGGUCUUGUCAAACCAGCCACUUUAGACGGGUCAUUAGAAUCGGAACAGGAGAAGCAGAGAUGGGAUUUUACACCAGUCACAAUCGACCAAGCAAAGUCAGGUGCAGUACAGCGUCCUGUUCGAGUUUAUGCAGACGGUAUUUUCGACCUCUUCCACGCAGGGCAUGCAAGAGUUCUCAUGCAAGCUAAGAAUGCCUUCCCCAAUACAUACCUUUUGGUUGGAGUGUGUAAUGAUGAACUGACUCAUAGAAACAAAGGCAACACCGUUAUGAAUGAGUGGGAACGUUAUGAAGCUGUCAGACACAACAGAUAUGUGGAUGAAAUCAUUCGGGACGCACCAUGGACUCUUACAGCGGACUUUCUUGAGAAACACAAGAUUGACUUUGUAGCCCACGACGAUGCGCCCUACGGAGCUUCAGGCACAGAGGAUGUCUACAAAGACAUCAAAGCGGCCGGAAAAUUUGUCGCUACGAAGAGGACAGAGGGCGUGUCGACAUCCGACAUCAUCGCAAGACUUGUUAGAGAUUACGAUAUCUACGUCAGACGGAAUCUAUCAAGAGGUUACUCGGCCAGAGAUCUGAAUGUUGGUUUGUUUAAUGAAACAAAGUUCAAAGUUCAAGACAGCGUGGACAAGGUCCGACAGAGGGUGAGGAGAGUGGAGAGGAGGUCAAAAGAGUUUGUUCAUAAGAUUGAAGACAGGAGUAUUAACUUUCUUCAGAAGUGGGAGGAGAAGUCUAGAGAGAUGAUAGGAAACUUUUUAGAUUUGUUCGGUCAAAACGGUACUCUGAACCGGAUGUUCCAAGAUGGCAAGCGGACUCUCCAGAAUGCCAUCUCACCCCCCAGCAGCCCGGGACACGGAAGCCCAAGUGCGUCCUACUGGGACAUCGAAGGCGAUGACAAAUACGAAGAGGAUAGCGAUGAGGAGUAUAGGUAUGGUCUCGGCCAGGAGAGUUUUGAAAGGGACCAGGACGAGCAAGAGGAUGGUGAGGAUGAUGACGAGGAGGACGAUGAGGAAGAGGAAGGGGAGCAAAAGAGAGAUACAAAGUUGGACGAUCGCUUAGCCAACAAGAUGCCUUCAUCGUUGCUGUCAACAGGCAGCCAACUGGCUUCACAUUGAACUAAGUCUUGUGAUUCCAAAUGAAACUGUAACAGUGCUUUCCGAUCCUUAGAAACAGUGAUUGCAAGGACGAUAAAAUCGAAAACCUAGAAUAAUCGUCAGGUUGGACGAACUUAAUCAUCAUAAAUCCACGGACACAGUCAAGAUGGCAAAGGGCACAGCUAAUUCUAAUCUAAAGCAAUGCUGUAUAUUAAUCUUCUGGGCGACUCUAGAAAGUAUCUACGCCUGACUCCCUAAAUGUGGGGCAUUCCUGAAAUUGUUUGUCUUUGUUUUUUAGUUCAUAUGAAAACUUAUGAUACCCUAAAAUUAUCAUGGUUUUAAGUUUUAACUCGUAUGAAAAGUAACAAAGGAGGAAAAAUUGAGUUAGAUGCACAAAAAAGUUGAUAACUUGCCCGUUUGCAACAAUGUACAAGUACUGUGAAUCUAUGGGCUUCUAUUGCUAAUUCUCUCUGCCAGAUGUGUCAAUCACCUGACUUCUGUACUCAAUGGCCCGUAUUCUGAAUUCAGGUUUAACUUAAACCAUGGUCUAACUCUUUGCUAAAUUUAUGGAAAGCAAAAAAUGUCAAAAUUUUUAUAAAGUUGUAUAUUUCUCAUGAUUAAUGUGCUCUUUCCUUACUCGUCAUGGUGAAGAAAGCUAUCUUAUCUAUCCUUCCGAAACGGCUAUUAAUGAUUUGAGAGAAAAAUGAGAUGAUGCAUUG